AUGAAGCGCCCACAAAUUGUGCCCACUGCUCCACCUCAAGAGGCUUAUUACCUGCCAGCACCACCACCACCCCGACGGCCACCGCCACAAUGGCCUGUACCAUCCGAACCUCAACCGAAUCGUGGAUGGCACACAAAGUCUCCCACUGCACCACCUCCUCAUCUCAUGAGUCAUUUUGAACCUCCAGAAGUUAAUUAUGAGGAGAUUAAUGAUAGAUUACCUAAGAACUCUGAACAACCGUCAAGAUUCAAAGUAAAACCCGGAAAACACAAAAAGAAACUCAAUCCACAAUUACAUACUGAGAGAGGAUGUACCGACGUUGCCUGCUGUUUUCUUUUCCUCCUUUUCACAAUUGGAUGGGGAGUGGUGGCGGCGAUUGGUUUUCUCUGGGGAAAUGCAGAACGUCUGAUUCUACCAACAGACACAGCAGGGCGGCGCUGUGGAGGUUCCCGUGGACAAUCAUACAAUUUUACGGCUCAACCAUACCUGUAUUACUUCGAUAUUACCAAAUGUAUUUCUUAUUCAACAGCUCUUGGAGGAUGUCAAACGCCUCAGAUGUGCGUCUCAACCUGUCCUUCCAAGUACUUCUCCUAUCUUCAACUUCAAAACCCCACCAUCUCAGCACAAGAAUUCCAACAAGUGGUAAUCUCAUCAGUUUUUUGUCUUGAUGACGUCGACAAGAACACGAUACAGUCUUUUGCGACGCUACGAAAUUAUGUCCAACAACAAAAAUGUGCAUCUUACACGGUCAAAUCAGCUCCAGUUCUCGGACGAUGCGUGCCAGAGGUCCUCAUAGGCGCUGCUGACACGCUGAAUAACAUCCAGAAAGGAAACGCAUCACUUGACACUCUGAAGAAUAUGUUUGGAGAUGAUGGCUCUAUACCACCUGAUAAGGCUGUAAAUGAUAGCGAAAAGUAUAUCGGACAAGUAGUCAAUUCCGAAGGUGUCAUAACGAAAAUUGUUCAUGAUCUCUCGAAAUCCUGGUGGCAGAUUCUCACCUUGGUUGUCGCGGCCGGAGUUCUCGCAUUUCUCUGGACGGUUGUCCUAAGAAUUCUUGGAGGAUUUAUGAUCUGGACGUCGAUUAUUGCAAUACUCGGAGUGCUUGGAGCAGGUAGCGGCUAUAGUUGGUUCAAAUGGUCAACGCUGGUGAAGGCUGGUGCAGUGGACGAUUUUUCGUUUCAACCGAUAUUUAGCGUGUAUUUUGAGAUGCCAACAACUUGGCUUGUUGUCGCUAUCAUCGUAAGCGUCGCUCUUCUACUCCUUCUCGUAAUCCUUGUUUUUGUGCGGAAAAGGAUAUCCAUAGCAGUUGCAUUGAUUGAGGAGUCUAGUAGAGCGGUUGGCCAUAUGAUGUCCACGCUGAUUUUUCCAAUAUUCCCAUUCGCGCUACACGUAAUUGUGAUCGUGAUCUGGGGUACAAUAGCGAUUUGGCUGGCUUCAUCCGGCGAAGAGAAAUGCGUCAGAAAUGACGGCCGCAACACAACAUGCGAUUGUAUGACAAGUGCUCAGGAUCCUCAGUGUAUUUUCGUGGGUCUUGUCAAGCAAGAGUCGACUGUAUUUUGGUUACAAGUCUAUAAUCUAUUUGCCUUCUUUUGGAUGACGUGCUUUGUCUCUUCACUUGGGGACAUAUCGCUUGCGGGUGCAUUUGCCAGUUACUACUGGGCGAAGAAUAAGCCCAAAGAUGUACCAUCUUUUCCGGUGUUACGAGCUUUCGGCCGAGCAAUUAGGUAUAAUUUGGGCUCCUUAGCCUUUGGCUCUUUAAUAAUCGCCGUAAUAAAAAUAAUUCGAGUAAUUCUUGACUACUUGGAUAAGAAGCUUGCUACGACAAAGAGUGAUAUUUUGAAAGUAAUCCUAACGGCCUUUAAAUGUUGUUUCUGGUGUAUGGAAGUCUUCUUCAAAUUCCUCACCAAGAACGCUUUUAUAAUGAUGGCAAUUUAUGGGAAGAAUUUCUUUACAUCAGCCAAGGAUAGCUUUUUGUUGCUUGUCAGAAAUUGCGUUCGGGCAGCAGUGGUGAAUCAGGUCGCCGGAAUCCUGCUUUUCUUAGGCAAAGCAUUGAUUACACUUGGAAUGGGUGUGGUCGCGUUUUUCUACUUUUCUGGUCAAUGGGUUGUCGAUGGUAUUCCACGGGUCGAGCUCUAUUAUUAUUUUGUCCCAAUAAUCCUUGUUUUAAUAGGAAGUUACUUCGUAGCAGAUCUAUUCUUCGAUGUUUACGAGAUGGCAGUCGACACCACUUUCAUAUGCUUCUUGGAGGAUUCCGAGCAGAAUGAUGGAAGUCCAGAGAAACCGUUCUACAUGUCAAAAAAUCUACAAAACAUUCUUGAUAAAAAGAAUAUGAAAUAA